AUGGUCCCGAAAAAGAGAAAAACUCAGGAAGUUGAGCCAGUGGCUGAGGUUUUUGAGCCGCAAAGAAAAUACGUUGCUGGAAAACAGCCGAGAGUAGAGGAACAACUGCCGCCUGUGGAUUACCAUGCUCCUCUAGAUCCUGAGAGCGAGCUUUUCGCGGAAGACGACUGGUUCAUUCCCAAGUUUAACCUUUUCAUUUCAUUCACACUUGACAACUUGGUUGAAAGCUAUAAGGACAUGUUCAAGGACUUCAUAAAGCUUCCCAGUAGGAAAUUUCAUCCAGGGUAUUUCUACAAGGUUGAUCAGCCCAUUUCGAUCAACGAAAUUAAAUCAAGAGACUAUGAGUAUCUUAAUGGCCACAGAACUUUUUUGUUGGAUGUCGAGUUGGUGCAGAAAAAUUGCAACUCCUACAAUGAUUCUGAUAGUUUGAUCGCCAAAAAUUCAAGACAAGUUGUAAAUUACGUGAAAUACGAAGUGCUGAAGGCCAAAAACGUAACGCGGAACUACUUGAUCAACGCCGAGAUAAAAAAGUUUUUACUCGAAACCCUCAAUCAACUUCUAAAUGCAACAGAUAUGUCCAUUGCUAGUUUGGCGGAUAAGCCUGUUGAAGGUCUGGAUGACACUAUGCAUAUCUGUGAGCCAUUUUUCGAAGUGAUUCUUGAAGAAGAGCUUCCAGAAUAUUAUGAGGUCAUUCAUCGACCAAUCGCCCUGAAAUUGGUCAAGAACAAUUUGGAAAUGGACCACUACACAAAGAUCUACGAUUUCUAUAUCGAUAUCGUGUUAGUGUUUGAAAAUGCUCUGGUGUUUAAUGACCCAGAGACUCUGAUAUAUCAAGAUGCUGAGAAACUUCUCCGAUUUUUCAGGAAGUUGAUGCAAAACAAGUUCUUUGUCUCUUUAAAGGAUUCAAGUGAGCGUGGAGAGAUUCGACUUGAAUACGACAAAAUAGAAUACGAACAAUACCUUGCCAAUGGAGGAGACGAAGAGAACGCUGAGGGUGAAGAUGAAGCGCCAGAUUUGGAGGACUACGAUUUCAAUCAUUACGAGGGAUUAGGAAACGGCUACAACAGAACUCUGUUUUCUGGAGACUACCUGUUGGGACCCAACAAAGUGAAACCAGUUGAGCUCAGUGCGAAAAGAAUUGCUUUAGAGCCAGCGGAAGAGCUUCCUGAUGUGACCAAGUUCAAUAUUUUUAAAUCUAUUGACCUCGGUGUGAAAAGCGAAGCGACUACUCCUUAUUCGCUGAUUGAGGAGAUGGUCGUGUCCUCGUCAAGGUCUUACUACAAGCAAGAGUCAAAACCAACACAAGGAUCUCACCUACCCUCUCUCGCUCAGUGCUGGGUUGAGUAUAUUCUGAAGGGCGAAACCAUGACGAGCAAGCAAAAUAUGUUUUCUUUGACUUUACCGCCGGUACAAACAGCCGUUACAAUUCAGACUCGUGUAAAUUUGAAAGCAAAUUGUGAGUCUAGCCUGGUUGUAAACAAAGAGAAAUUAAGCGCAUUACCCAGCGUGUCGACUGACAAUCAGCCGGCCGCAUCUCGUUACGAAGUUCGUCUUGCCGAAGGCAACAAUCAUGUUGAAUUUACUUGUCAAGAUAUCGAAGAGAACAAGGUUGAGGUACUGAAGCUAUGGAUUGUCGUGUUACCAUAA